UCCAUGUUCGGAUUGGGCUUUUGCAGGCUGGCAGCGAUGGUGCCAAAAUUGGGAAUUGCCCCUUCUCCCAGCGACUCUUCAUGGUUCUCUGGCUCAAGGGAGUGACCUUCAAUGUCACCACAGUGGACACCAAAAGGAGGACUGAGGCUGUGCAGAAGCUCUGUCCUGGAGGCCAGCUCCCAUUCCUGAUGUAUGGGACUGAGGUCCAUACGGACACUAACAAGAUUGAAGAAUUUCUGGAAGAGGUUCUGUGCCCUCCUAAGUAUCCAAAGCUGGCUGCUCGUAACCCUGAAUCUAACACAGCUGGCCUUGAUAUCUUUGCCAAAUUCUCUGCCUAUAUCAAGAACCCAAUCCCAUCCCUCAACUCCAACCUUGAGAAGGGUUUGCUGAAAGCACUGAAGGUGCUGGACGUUUAUUUGAUGACACCGCUCCCCGAAGAGGUGGACGAGAACAGCGCAGAAGAUGAAGGCCAGUCCAACCGCAAAUUUCUUGAUGGAAAUGAACUUACGUUGGCGGACUGCAAUUUGCUGCCCAAGCUUCAUAUUGUCAAGGUGGUUUGCAAGAAAUACCGUAACUUUACUAUUCCCGAGGAAUUUCUUGGCAUCCAUCGCUAUCUCAAGAAUGCAUACGCCCGCGAGGAAUUUGCCAGCACCUGCCCAGAUGACGAAGAAAUUGAAUUAGCUUAUGAGCUGGUUGCCAAAGCUUUGAAGUAGUAAACUUCGAAACAUGGAAAAGGGACACAGGGAUUCCCUGGCAGGGAUUCUUGGGUUUGGGCUCAUCAAAGGGUAUUUUAACAUAUGUAUUUGUGUCUGGCAGCUGGAGCCAGCACAGGGGGAAGGUCUGUUUUCUGGAGGGACAAAAUGAUUUGAAUUUAAAUAUGAGCAAGAAUAAAAUAAAAAUACGUGUUUUUAAAAA